GAAAAGGAAAAAGGAAAAAGGGGGGUGGGGAGGCUGGGUGGGUCCCCGGCACAGGGGAUCUGUUCACCGGCGAGGUUAGGGUUGGCUGGGUAGAGAAAGGUUUAUGCAUAUUGAUGGAUUUAGAUGGUGUGCAACCUAAUUAUCCUUCUUCCUGUGUUACUCAUUCAGUUUAUCUAGAGGUUGUUGGAUCAUUUAGCCCUGGUGGUACCACUAAGGAAUGGAUUCCAAGUGUUCCCGAGGAGUUAAAACCCAGUUUGGGGAUGAUAUUUAAAGAUCCUGAAGAGGGUCUUAGUUUUUAUAAAGCAUAUGCAAAUGCCGCUGGGUUUACUUCUAGGAAAUCUACUACUAAAAGGAAGAAGAAUAGCAAAGAUAUAAUUGCUUUUCAAUAUGGAGUUUGCAAUAAGGAAGGUUUUAGGGCAAUAAGAAAACCUAUUGCUCAACAAACAGUUUAUGAAGAAGGAAAAGUUCGUAUUACUAGGAAACGUUUAGUCACUCGUGUAGGAUGCAAUGCUCACAUAUGUAUGAGAUAUGAUGCUGGAAAGUAUGUUGUAAAUGUUGGUCCUGUGAGGUCUUAUACUAUGAUGAAAGAAUUAGCUGGAUCACAUGAUAAUGUUGGUGCAUCUAAACAAGAUUUCAAAAAUUUUUAUAGAGAUUUGAAGGCUUUUAUUGAUGGAUCAGAUGCCCAAAUAUAUAAUAUGAUCUUUGGUCCAUUUACUGGAGUUGAUCAUCAUAAAAAAUGUGUUACUUUUGCGGCUUCUUUUGUAGCUCAUGAGGAUAUAUCAUCUUUUGAAUGGGUUUUCAAAACUUUUCUUAAAGCAAUGGGAAAUAACGAGCCUGUGUGUUUGAUUACCGAUCAAGACCCUGCAAUGAAAGUUGUUGUUCGUAAUGUUUUUCAAACUACAGAACAUAGGUUUUGUAUGUGGCAUAUUAUGAAAAAGGUGCCUGAAAAAAGAUUGAGCCGGCAGAAUUUGAAGAAAAGUGGAACAAAGUUUAUUUCAGAAUUCCAUUUGAACGAUCAUGAAUGGUUGGCAUACAUGUACAACAUACGUGAUAUGUGGAUUCCAGCGUAUUUCAGAGAUUUAUUUUUGGGUGGCAUUAUGAGAACCACAUCUAGAUCAGAAAGUGAAAAUAAUUUUUUCACUAUGUUCACAAAUCCCCAUCUCACUUUGAUUGAGUUCUACAUGAGGUUUGAAUGUGCAUUGGAUGCUCAAAGGCACACUCAAAAUAAAAUGGAUAAUGAUUCGAAGAAUAAGCGUCCGGAGUGUAAGACUCCAAUUCCUUUAGAGAAAGAUGCUUCUGAAUUGUUUACAACAACAAUUUUCUAUGAAUUUCAAUAUGAGCUUGAAAUUGGAUGUUUUAAUUGUGGUGUUGAGGAGAUGAAGAAGGACAAUGAGCUUUACAUUUUCAAUUUGAGGGAAGGAACUAGAAGGAGGACUUUUGAUGUUGUUUUUGAUCCAACUACCUUUGAUACCAAGUGUUUUUGUAAAAAAUUUGAACGUGAUGGUGUGCCUUGUAGGCAUAUGAUUUGGGUGUGGAAGGCAAGGAUGUUAGAAAAAAUUCCCAAGGCCUACAUUCUAAAUAGAUGGUGUACAAUGGCUUAUAAGAAGCCCAUUUUUGAUUUAGAGGGUAAUGUGUUGGAGGAAUGUAUUAAUGCAGUAGAUAAGAAAAUGUUAUUAAAUGAUUUGUGGUCUGAAAUUCAUGCUUGUGUGAGUUUAGUGCAAAACAAUGAAGAUGAUCUUAGUGAUCUUGUCAAAAAACUUCGAGCCAUGAGGGUAGAUUUGGAACAGAAGAAAACAAAUGGAAGCAAAAUCUUUCGAGCAAAGUUAAAGACAUUGAAAUUUAUUGGAGCUAGUCUACCUUCUAAUGUUUUAAUCAAACCUCCUAAAAUUUCGAAGAACAAAGGCACGGGGGUUCAUGUUCCAAAUCAGGUCAAUGUUCCAAAUGAUGUCCAUGUUCCAAAUCAGGUUCAUGUUCCAAAUCAGGUAAAUGUUCCAAAUGAUGUCCAUGUUCCAAAUGAGGUUCAUGUUCCAAAUAGUGACAAAAGAAUGAGAGUGACAGAGAAAAGUCUAUUGAACAAAGUCAAAAGAAGAAGAGAUUAUGUAGAGCAUGUGGGGAGCUUGGUUAUCAUGAUAGUCGUAAUUGCCCUGGAAAAGUCAAGUGAUAUUGUUGGUGAAUAUACUAUUAAUCCAGUUGCAUGA